AUGGAUGAGGGCUCCGACAAGGCCCCUCGGCGGAAGAGGGUCUCAAGAGCCUGCGACCGCUGUCGUAGUAAAAAGGAUAAAUGUGAUGGCGCGCGUCCCACUUGCUCCGCCUGUCAGGCUUCGGGCCAGCCCUGCUCCUACGACCCUCAUGCGAAGAAGCGAGGUCUACCCGAAGGAUACGUGCGCGGCUUAGAGAAGUUGUGGGCACUGUCCAUAUGUAACAUCGACGGAUUAGAAGAGGCCAUGCUAGCCAUGCUGGGAACAACCGCGGAAUCGGCUGGGCGCCGCGACAAGCUGAUGGCGGCUUGGACGGAUGAUGGGUCUUCGGAGAGCUUGCACGAAACUUGGAAGGCGAGCCGCUUGAACAGCGCGCUGGAGAAGAUGCUUACCAAUUCCGAGGUAACAUCUACAACAGGGAAACGAUCCCGGGACCCUGAUGAUCCCCAGGAAGGCCAGUGGCCAAUCCGAGUUGGCAGAGAAUCGACGCCCCUAGGUCCCGACGCGCCGCGGGUCGUCGGAUCAUCCGCUGUCUCUCCAGCUACCAAACGAGCUCGACUGGCACAGCAAUCUGCAAGUCGCGAUGCCACGACUAACGGCCGUCAGUCCGCGCUGCAGCUACCGCCUCAGACGUCUCAGUUGCUUGACAUGUAUUUCGCCGCCACUCACUCAUGGUUCCCCAUCGUCGCCAAACACAACAUUCUCCGCGCUUCAUACCUCUAUGCCAAUGCGCCCAUCUCCGUCCAGACAAACUCACCUGGGUCUGGGGAUCACGCUGCCCUCUGGGCAAUCCUCAGCUACACUAUCACGCAGUCCCGAAAUGAACCGCGCACCGGCCCCGCUAGAACACCAACACUGUCUCUUGCCAAAGAAUACUAUUCGGUGGCUCGGAGUCUCAUACCGUCCGAGAAUGAACGCUACGAACUCGGCCAUAUCCAAGCAUUACUUUUACUGACAUUGGUGAACAUGGGCUUGGAAGACUGGACGGCCGCCUGGCUGCUGAGUGGACAAGCAGUACGUAUGGCUGUGGCCAUGGGGUUGGGCUCUUUCAGUGAUACGCGAAGGUCUGAAGAAGUUAAGCAGGGUAAAGCAGUCUUUUUGGGGUGCUUUGUCGCUGAUUCCAUGUUAUCGUUUCGCCUCUCACGAUGCCCUGCCAUGUCUUCAAGUGAUCUGGCCACGGUGGGCCUUUUGGAAGAGGAUGGACUGGAGGAAUGGAACUCAUGGGUCGAUGUUCUUCCCCCAACUGGGGCGUCGCAAGGAAAGAAUCCCCCUCGGAGAGGGCCACUGCUGGCUUUGAGCUGCUUCAAUCGUUUGGUGGAAUUGGCAAGUGUUCUCAACAAAACAGCACGAAAUCUGUCGAUGGGGUAUAAAGCGGACACGUUCGCGCAGCAAUUGGUGAUAGACCUGAAGCAGUGGGAUGACAACCUUCCACUUGGAUGUCGUUUGGUCGGACCAGAGAGUAUCUACCCAGAACGACACUCGGCUCUAUUACCGCAUCAGAGCUACCUUGGCCUGACCUACGUUUCCACUCUGCUUUGGCUGUAUUUACGCCUCAUUCCUGGAGAACAAAGGCUGCAUCGAUCUCAGCGACCGGCAACGGAAGGGGCCAAGAAGCUUCUUUAUCGAGGGUUGUCGAUGAUCACGCAGCAUCUGGAGAAUUUUCCCUUGUGUGGAUUUCCUCCUUUGUUUGAAAAUGCCCUCCGCAUGAUUUCUGAGCAAGCCUUCGCGCUGCGCCACAUGGUUGAUUCAUCGGAUAAUUUCCCAUUUGUGAAAUGGGCCGAGGAGUUCAGACAGAAGGCAGCGGUGCUGAUCCCUACAUGGCCUGUAUACGGAUCGUUAGUGUCGGCGAUGGAGCGCUCACAGCAGCCUAACGGUUUCUCUGGUGGUCAGCCUUCCUCCUAUGCUCGAAGCCUGCCUGUCCCCACCAUGCCAGCAGCAAGCUCUUCAGCGACGGCUAUGCAAAUCGGUGGUCCUCAUGGGCUGGCCCCGCAUGAACAAGAAAAUUAUAUCCCCUCCAUCAGGGGCAUUAGUAUUCCAGUGGACACACAAUCCCUCACACCGCAGGACACAGUCAUGGAAAAUGCAGACCUCGGGGUGAUGGAUGUUCCCAUGCAGCAGUCGAUCAUUUCAGAGAAAGGUAUGCCGCGCAGGGCACCCGAUGCAAUUUAUACCUCGGGACCUGGCCAACCACAACCUCGCACCCCUGACCCUUCCACUCCCAAUACCAUGAUGUCUGGCAUGGCUCCCGCCAGUGAUCGUUCCGUUCCAGCUGGAGAUCUCAUGGGAUUCAAUCCUGCCGGUACAGGUGAUCUCGAUAUGAUCUUCAAAGAUUUGGCAUAUUUGGACACCACUGAGUGGUCCAACAACCGUGAGGCUGGCCUUAGAGACUUUGGUUUCCUAGACGAUAGUACCUUCCAGGCAUUCUGUCAUGACCCGGAUCGAUUAGUCGAUUCUCAAACUUUGGUCCACCCGCCGUCGAUCGCGGAUAUUUGGCCACCUCCGGGGUUUUUCCCGGAGACCUUCCAGCAGUCUUCCGACAAGUCGAUGAAUGUCUGA